GUGUGUGUGCAAGGCGUGUAAAAUAUUAUUGGGAUUUUGUUUAAAGUAUAAAUAUAAUCCUACUUUGUCGUGUUUCUUCUAUGAUUUAACAAGAGUUAUGGAGGGGAAUAAUGCAUACUAUAGAGAAAAAGAAUCAACACCGGCAAGUGGUCCAGGUUAUGCAACACCUGCUGAUGCAAUAAAAGCUCCAGUUGAGAAAAUUGUUUAUUUCCCAUGCAUUCCUGUUGACAAAGACAAGCCUGGUUAUUUGGUUACUGCAGAUGUGGAUCCAAAAUCACCAACAUUCAGUCAGGUCAUACACCGAACCUACAUACCUGCCAAUGGUGAUGAAUUACACCACAGUGGAUGGAAUGCAUGCAGCAGCUGUCAUUGUAAUAAAGCAAGGUCAAGAAAUAUUUUAGUCCUGCCAUCAAUCAAUUCUGCACAAGUUUACAUGUUUGAUGUGGGCACAGAUGAGAGAGCACCAAAGUUAAAGCAUGUGGUAACGAAUGAAGAAAUGCUGGAAAAGGCAAACUUGACUAAUCUUCACACAACGCAUUGUCUUGCUGAUGGAAAUAUUAUGAUUAGUAGUAUGGGUGACAAAGAUGGAAAUGGCAAAGGUAGCUUUGCACUGAUAAAUGGCGAAUCAUUUGAAGUUCUUGGAACAUGGCAAAAGAAAGGUGAAGAAACUCCUUUUGGGUAUGACUUCUGGUAUCAACCGCGUCAUAAUGUUAUGGUUAGCUCGGAAUGGGGAGCACCGAAGGCGUUUUUGCAUGGCUUUAACCCAGCCCAUGUUGCUGAAGGCUUAUACGGUCACCAAAUUCACAUUUGGGAUUGGAAGGAGAAAAGCUACGUCAAGUCAAUUGAUCUUGCGCCAGACGGACAAAUUCCUUUGGAAAUCCGAUUCCUUCAUGAUCCAGAUUCAAACAUUGGUUUUGUAGGAUGUGCUUUAAGCGGGACUGUAUUUAGAAUUUAUCAAGAUGAGAAAAAAGAAUGGCAGGCCGAAAAAGUAAUAUCAGUCCCUGCACAGAAGGUAGAAGGCUGGGCACUACCCGAAAUGCCUUCGUUGAUCACGGAUAUUUUGAUUUCAAUGGACGACAAAUACUUAUUUGUAAGCAACUGGAUACAAGGUGAUAUACGACAGUACGACAUCACCGACACAAAAAAUCCAAAACUUGUUGGGCAGUUUUACAUUAACGGUAGUCUAGUGAGUGAUGGUGGUGUGAAGGUUAUUGAGGGGGAUUUCAAACAGCCAGACCCUGUGUUCAUCAAAGAAAAACGCAUCCAUGGCGGUCCGCAAAUGAUACAGCUUAGUCUGGACGGAAAACGUCUUUAUGUGACAACUUCGUUGUUCUCGGCAUGGGAUCGACAAUUUUAUCCGGAAUUAACUAAAAAUGGUUCGAUGUUGGUGCAAGUUGAUGUAGACAAUGUGAACGGUGGCUUAAAAUUGAACCCGGAUUUGUGCAUCGAUCUAGGCGUGGAACCUGAUGGACCAGCUUUUGCUCAUGAAAUUCGCUAUCCUGGUGGUGACUGCACUUCAGAUAUUUGGUUGUAAACAAAACACAUUUGUUUUGUUUUGUUUUGUUUUGUUCUUUCUUAUUAUUACUUAUAUUAUUUUAUUACUCGUGUUUGAAAGCUUUAAUUGAACGUAUACCUAAACCCUUCUUAAGAUUUAUAUGUUAGAAUUAUUAGGUGUUGGGGAGUAAAAACAUGGUUAUUUCGAGGAAAAGCCCUUAAUGGUUGCUUCAUUCAGGUAAAUGGUAUGUUCCUCUCAUUUAAUUUUUUCAGACUACUUAUCUGAUAUAAUAACUGGAAAAACAAAUGAGAUGGAUGUUUCAACUUGAAUGCUUUGCUCGUCUCAUUAAAAUAAUAAAUAAGGAGGAAGAUUUUUGUAUUCUACAGCACUUUAACACUACCAGACAAAGUGGGUUUCCACUGUUCCUUUUAAAAAUACAUAUUUUUUAUUAAUCUUUACUAUAUUUUUAUUUUUAUAUAUCAUAGUAUAUUUUUCUAUAGCAGGGAUAUUUGUAUCAUUUUAACAAAAAAAAUCUAUUAUCUA